AUGGCGGCCUACCUGAGAAGGAUGCAUCACAUUUCGCUCCACGUGUCCAACGUGGACAAAAUAGCCAACGACUUUGUGUCCAAAUUUAAGUUCCACUUAUUCGCCACCAGGCUGACGGACCGAAGCAGGCAGCUGGCGUUCAGAACCGGCUCGGCGGUGUUUGUGGUGAGCGAGAGGGGGAGAAACCACCGCACUGCUCCCUCAUUGACCGGAGAACCGGCGGACACACACUCCCGGAAGCCACCGGCGGGAUGUCUCUACGACGUCAGCCCGCACUACCCGGUGGACACGGUGUGCAACGUCUGCUUCGAGGUGGAGGACGUGCAGGGGUCGUUUGAUGCUCUCCGGCGCCGGGGCUGCAGCUUCCUGGUGCCGCCUACUACUGUCCGGGACCGGCAAGGCCAGGUCACGUACGCCGUUCUUAAGUCCAUCUUGGGGAAUGUUUGCCACACGUUACUCGACAAGACGAAGUACGACGGGAGCUUUUUGCCCGGCUUCGACCUCGUCGACGAAGACCCGAGCGCCACCGGGGACGUUUGUCCUGUCACGCAUGUGGACCACGUCGCCAUGGUGUCCCCCAUCGGGACCAGCCAGCAGGUCCUGAACUGGUACGAGCACGUUCUGGGCUUUCAGAGGUUUUUCGUUCACAGCGAGGACGACGUGGAUGGGGGUUUGGUCGUCAACCAGAACGGGAAGGGACUCCGACUGGCCGCCAUGGAACUCUUGAAAUCCAGCGAAACGGGUAUCGUCCUUCCUUCUCGCCGCAAACACCAGCCUGACUGCAAGUUUGUUAUUGCGGAAUCACUCCCUAAUCAGGGGAGGAACCAGUUGGACACAUUCUUGGAGGAGCACGGGGCCGCAGGGAUCCAGCACAUUGCGCUGCACACAAGCGACAUUCUAUCCGCAACCCGCAUGAUGGCAGACGCCGGCGUGCCUUUUUACCUGAACCCUGCUGCAUACUACUCCCAGGGUGAAAAACUGCUGGAGAUUUUGGAUGCAGGAUGUGACCCCCAGAAGCUGGCCCAGAAUGGCAUUCUGCUGGACACGGACCAGGGACAGGACCUGUUAGCCAGCCAGACCAGAAGAUACCUCCUCCAGGUCUUCACCAAGCCCCUCUUCGAGGAGGACACCUUCUUCAUGGAGCUGAUUGAGCGCAGAGGGGCGAGCGGCUUUGGCGACGGCAACAUCAAGGCCCUGUGGGCGUGCGUGCAGACGUACAUGGACGCCGAGAACAGGAAGGAGGCGCCAAAAACUCCACAGUAAAUAAGAUCUUUCAGAGUCAUUUGAAAUAUUUUUGAGAUGGCACUUAUAAGAUGAAGAAACUUCCAAGGCCACUUAAGAGAUGUUACAAACUAUUUUGUAUGUUUAUUUUUCGGAGGCUGU